AAUCCAACAAAUAAUGCAGUACUCUAUAAACAUUUGAUUAUCAUUUUUCCCUCCACAACCACAUUUUAGCAAGUGGUAGUGCUGAAUUCACAGGAUUCCUUUCCAAUUUUGACAGAAAAACUCCUCAUUUUCUGACACAUGCAUCACACACACAUGUCUUCUUUCUUUGCUUAAUUUAUUACUGCUCUUGUUUUCUUCAAUGAACCUAAAAUUUAUCCAGCUAGAAGAACUCACAGGGUAUUUCAAUGUUUUUAUUUACUAAUUUAAUUCAAUUUUAUCACUUCCCAGAAAUUCCUGUCUUAAAGAUUGAUUAGCCCAACUCUUUUGGGAACUUACCCAACAUUUCUGGGAACCUAAAAUGGCUAAACCCUUUUCAUCUCCAUUUUUUCUCCUCCUUUUCAUAAUUUUGCUGCAAACCCACUUUUCAGUUCAGUUACCACAAUCACAAUUACAAGCAUUUUUUACUAUUCAGCAAAUUCUCAACCACCCAUUAAAGUUAAAUAGCUUAGACCAAAACAUUGAUGUUUGCAGCACUGAACCAAACCCAUAUUUCACCAUUGUAUGUUAUGAAGAAAAUAUUACUCAAAUUCAUACACAAGGGUUUAUUGGGUUUGCUCCAGUUUCAGGUAAUAUUUCCAUGGAAGCUCUAUUUACUGCUUUUGCAGCUUUACCAGGGUUAAAGGUGCUAUCUUUGGUGUCCUUAGGUCUGUGGGGUCCACUCCCUCAAACUAUAGGUAACUUGUCUUCUCUUGAAAUGUUAAAUCUUAGCUCAAAUAACUUGAACGGUACAAUUCCGGUGGAAAUGCUGGGUUUAAGAAAUCUUCAGACUAUUGUAUUGGAUCAUAAUAAGUUCACUGGAGAAGUACCCUUUUGGAUUAGCUCAUUUUCUGGGUUAACUGUUCUUAGUUUAAAGAAUAAUUCACUAAAUGGAUUAUUACCCAGUUCAUUUUCAAGGUUGGGAAACCUCAGGAUUCUUCAACUUUCUAUGAAUAAUUUCAAUGGUGAAGUUCCUGAUCUUAGUAACUUGACUAAUUUGCAAGUUCUUGAUUUGGGGAAUAACUCUUUAGGACCAAAGUUUCCCACUUUACAUAACAAAUUGGUCACGUUAGUACUCAAAAGGAAUAAGUUUAGGUUUGGUAUGACACAUAAUUUGAGCUCUUUUUAUCAACUUCAGAAGCUGGAUGUUUCUUCUAAUGAGUUUGUUGAGCCAUUCUUGCCUUCUUUGCUUUCGUUGCCUUCGAUUGGUUAUCUUAGUAUUGCUGGGAACAAGUUCCAUGGAAUGCUUCUUAAGAAUAUGAGUUGUGGUGCAGACAUUAAGUAUGUGGAUUUAUCAUUCAACUACUUAACUGGGGACUUGCCUGCUUGUCUGAAAUUGGGUAAUAAAAGUCAAAUUGUCCAUUAUCGAGGGAAUUGCUUGUCGAAUGGGAGACAAAGACAGCACCCAUAUGCAUUUUGUCAUAAUGAAGCCCUGGCAGUGAGGAUAUCGCCGCAGAGAAGGAAAGAAAAUGAGCCAAGUUCCAAAAUUGUGGUAGCCAUGAGCAUAGUAGGAGCAACUUCACUUGCAGGUCUAAUGGUAUUAGGUGUCGGGUUUGUAUUCUCCAAACAUGCCUUCAAGAAACCUCGAACAAGAGUAAUACUAGAGAAGGCAAAAGUGUUGUAUCCAUCAAAGCUGUUUCUGGAUGCGAGGGAGAUAUGUCAAAUGGCAAAGCUUGGACCCCUCGGCCUUCCUGCUUAUCGCAACUUUCUCUUAGAUGAGAUUAAGGAGGCUACAGCAAACUUUGAUGUAUCAAACUUAAUUGGGGAAGGUUCUUAUGGUCAGGUCUACAAGGGCAUACUUGGCAAUGAUAAUAUGGUUGCCAUUCGAUGCUUAAAAGUGAGAAAACGACGUGGAAUACAAGCCUACACUCAUGACGUAGAGCUAUUAUCAAAGCUUAGGCAUAUUCAUUUGGUCAGUGCUCUAGGGCAUUGCUUUGAGUAUAAUUCAGAAGACUCAACUGUAAGCACAAUAUAUCUUGUGUUUGAGUUUGUACCAAACGGAACCCUAAGAGACUUCAUCUCAGGACAAAAACCUAUCUGGUCGAAAAGAAUUGCAGUUGCAGUUGAAGUUGCAAAAGGAAUUCAAUUUCUCCAGACAGGAAUGAUGCCUGGUUUAUAUUCAAACAAUCUCAAGACUACAAAUGUCUUAUUGGAUCAUAGCCUUCAUGUGAAACUAAACAGCUAUAAUCUGCCUUUGUUAGCUGAAAACAAGAAUAAGGUCAAUAUGCUAUCAUCCUCUGGAUCCAAGGAAGUUAGCAAACCAAUAGUGAAGCAAGAUGACAAGAGUGAUGUCUACGACUUUGGGGUGAUUCUCUUGGAAAUCAUUGCAGGAAGAGAAAUCACAUCGGAUAAUGAUGUAUCCGUUAUGAAAGAUCUAUUUGAAGUUGGCAUUAAGGCGGACAAGAUAGCCCGAAAGCAAAUUCUGGAUCCAGCAGUACACAAAGAGUGUCCAGACAACUCGGUGAAGACAGUGAUGGAAGUCUGCGUAAAGUCACUUUCAGAAGACCCUAAUGAUAGGCCGUCCAUCGAAGAUGUACUCUGGAAUUUGCACUUUGCAGCUCAGGUUCAAGACUUGGGGCAAGGGGAUUCUCCAAGUCGCAAGUCCUCGUCCCCCGUUUUCACUUCGCAAUGAGAGAAUACAUCCUCAGAUUUAAGAUUAAUGGUGCUUGCUGACUCAGCUCAUAUUGCUCCUCUACAUUUUUGUUCCCCUGUAUUCCCAUAUUAUGUAUAUACUGUGUAGAACCAGGAUCUCAGUAAGUUAGCAACUGAAGUCUAACGUGACAUGAUCACUGAAAAAAACUGCUACAGGGGUGGUUGGGGAUGGAGGGACGGGGGAAUUAUGUAUCGGUUAUCCCAAGCAUAAGUAGUUUAAGUGUGCAGUUGAAUGCAUUUCUCAUUUCUGAGCCACAAUUUGCAUAUAUAGAUCAAGUGUACAGUUAAAUGCA